AUGGCAACCGUACCAGGAUCCCCUGAUGGGUCGUCCCGCGCAGUUCAAUACCGGGUUAGCGUCCCAUCCCCAGCAGCUCCCCCCGAAGUACGGCCAGCCACCCCCGUCUCAGCCGCCGGUCGGAUACACGUACGAGACCUUCCAAACGCCCGGCACCACUUCCAACCCCCCUCCGCCGGCCCCAACUCCAAACCGAUCUCCAUGGCCUCGUCACCCGCAGCCACGCCGCGUAGCCGGGAUUAUGUCAGUGAUGCAGAUACCACAAUGGAGGAUGCGGACCCGUUCAACCGAGCGAAGUACCCGGCGCGACCGAACCAUCACAGCCGCGCCUCAUCUCAAUUCCUCGCUCAAGCAAACGAGGAGUCGUCGGCUGCGCGCAGAUAUUCCCCAAUGAACAAUGUGAUGUCGCCCCCGAUGUCAUACCCUGUGAGCCCCGGCAAGUCCCAGGGCGCCUACGGCUUCCCACAAGGCCCCCAGAACCCGCAGAACCCGCAGAACCAUGCUCGCCGGUCGCCUACGAGGGCACCCGAAUACGCAUCGCCUCCGCAGGGAUAUCAGUCGCCGCCAUCCGCAGGUCGCCCCGCCCGGCCCCCUCCGCUGCAAUCUACCGACCUCAGCCCAGAGCAGUACUAUCCGUUGUCAGCGGGUUCGCACCCGACCAGCGCAUUUGGGACAGGAUCACGGUCUCCGCGCUCGGGCUCGUUGCAGUCACAGGUUCUUGGACGCGGUCCGGUCCCAAAGUUCCAGGUCAAGUCUGUACAGGAGCUGCAACCACGAACGAGUGUUCAGCCUGCGUUUCGGCGCGCCAAUCCGGAGGGAGGCUUUAUCAGCCCACUUCACGCACUGACGACCCACCUUCCGGCGACUUAUCGGAUAUGCAAUCCAGGCUUCAACUACGAGUCCUCGCGUAAUCCACGGCGUGUACUGACGAAGCCGAGUAAGGGGGUUAAGAACGAUGGCUACGAUAACGAGGAUAGCGAUUACAUUCUUUACGUGAACGAUAUCCUCGGCAGUGAAGAGGCCGGUCACAAGAAUCGCUAUCUGAUCCUCGAUGUGUUGGGCCAAGGUACUUUCGGGCAAGUGGUGAAAUGCCAAAACUUGAAGACUCAGGAGGUUGUGGCGGUAAAGGUCAUCAAAAACAAGACCGCAUAUUUCAACCAGAGCAUGAUGGAAGUAUCGGUUUUGGAUCUGCUCAACAGCAAGUACGACAAGAAUGAUGAUCAUCAUCUCCUUCGCUUGAAAGACACCUUCAUCCAUCGCCAACAUCUGUGUUUGGCAUUUGAGUUGCUUAGUGUCAACCUCUACGAGCUCAUCAAGCAGAACCAGUUUCGGGGUUUGAGUACGACCCUCGUGCGAGUCUUUGCGCAACAACUGUUGAAUGCAUUGAGCCUCUUGAACAAGGCUCACUUGAUCCACUGCGACUUGAAACCGGAAAACAUUCUGUUGAAGAACCUUGAGAGCCCCAUCAUCAAAGUCAUCGAUUUCGGUUCUGCAUGUGACGAGCGACAGACAGUGUACACCUAUAUUCAAUCUCGGUUCUACCGCUCGCCAGAAGUGCUACUUGGGUUGCCAUAUUCAUCUGCUAUCGACAUGUGGUCGCUUGGCUGCAUCGUUGUUGAGCUCUUCCUGGGGUUGCCUCUAUUCCCUGGAUCGUCGGAAUACAACCAAGUCUGUCGGAUCGUCGAAAUGCUUGGCCUGCCUCCUACCUGGAUGUUGGAGAUGGGCAAACAGUCGGGCGAAUUCUUCGAGAAAACUCAGGACGAAUUCGGGAGAAAGACCUACCGCCUGAAAAGCCUGGAACAGUACUCGAGGGAACGGAACACCAAGGAGCAACCAAGCAAGAAGUACUUCUCGGCUUCGACUCUUGAAGAGAUUAUCCGAAGCUACCCCAUGCCGAGAAAGAACAUGAAACAAGCUGAGAUCGAGCGAGAGCUGAAUAAUCGGGUCGCGUUCAUCGACUUCGUGCGAGGGCUAUUAACCAUCAAUCCCCUGGAGCGGUGGUCACCCCAGCAAGCCAAAUUGCAUCCGUUCAUCACUCAACAGAAGUUCACCGGGCCAUUUGUGCCUCCAAUGAACUUGAAGUACUCGUCUCUCAACAAGACCGUCGCACCUGGUGUUCAGCAGCAGCAGCAGGCCGAGGCUGCCAGCAAACAGAGAGCAGCACAGGCGGCUCAAGUGCAGAAUGCCUACUCGAUGCAGAUGAACCAAUUCCAUCAACCGGCCCACGCUCAAGCUCCACCCAUUUACAACGGAAUGUACCAGCAGGGUGCACCACCUCCCUACCCGGCACAACCGCCGGGAUACGGCCAUCAAAUGAAUCUGAUCCCGGGCCAGGCGCCUCAAUCGCAACAAUAUACUCCAUCGCAGAGCCUCUACGCGCAGGCGACAACCAGGGCAGGCCGGCAACGUGCCUCCACCAUGGAUCCUCAAGGCGGAGGUAUUCCGACUACAAUCCAACGGGUUGCUAGCCAUCUCGAUCCUAAUGCGCCCAUUCGGUUACAACCUAGUCCAGCCUACUAUCCUCCUCCCGCCGAUGGCUACGUGGAUCCCAAUACCAAUCAACGGCGACGUGGAAGCCGUGCCGGUGGCAACCAGCGUAACCGCGAUUUCAUUCGCACUCUCGAGGACGGCGUGCUUGGCGGCGAAAGCUUUGGGAGCCAGAGUCAGUGGCACUAA